AUAUGCUUUUCUUGCAAGUCACAAAUUAAGUAAUUUUCCAUAUCCACAACUUUUACCACUUUCAUAAUGGAUAUACAGUAAUGCAAUAUCACUUGAGUGCAUGAUUAUACGUAUACUGAUUUGUUCACUAAAGGAUUUGAUGCCUAAGUGAGUUGUAAGUAGGCUUCAAGUACAGUGGGAGGGUUUUAGCACCAUCUUGAUUAGUGAUUUUUGUUGUGGAAGUAUUUACUAAUUGAGGAAACAAAACACGGGGGUAGAUUUUCAGUAGAGAAAUAAAACGGUACCUGGUCUAGUGCGAUCUCGAUGUGAACCGACACAUUUACAUGCGACCUGGCCAGCAGCUGGCAUAGCAGAUAGGAGGUUGCAUCUUAACAUUUACAAAAGCACGUUUCACCUUAAAGGACGCUUCAAGACGUGAGAGAAAAGAUUGCGGCCUCGUUCUCACCUGUGCUGUUUGAAAUGUUGCACAGUCAUCUCAGGGAAUCUUUGCCCACAGCUGCCACUUCUCCCACCUGAGACACCUCAUGUUGUAUAUUUUUAUCAUUUGUGUGUAGGUACUCUGUCCCCCUUUGUAAUCCUUUGCCCACAUGUAGUGUUAGCAUUAUAUCUUUCGAAACAGUAUUCAGUAUUUUCCAUAGAAUAUGCACUUGAAAGAUAGUUACCAGUUUUGUAAUUGUUAAAAAUUCUUUCAGCAUUAUUAAUGAUGUAUUUGUUGCUAUCCUACAAAGUAUCUUCAUAUCAUCCUUAUACAAGAGUGAAAAUAAAUUUGGCUGGUUUGAAUAAUAUGUUUGUAAAGAAUUGAUAUUAGUCAGCAUUAGUGAAAUGGAAUGUUUUGUAUGGUGAAGCAUAUUGCACAGUGAUGAAUGUAGUCAUUUUAUGUGUUGCCUGUUAGACUCAUCAAGAAACACACUUGUUACUACUUGAGUCCAUGUAUAUAUUAUGUAACAUCUCAUUGCAAACAUUUCCAGUUUUCCUAUUAGUGUUUGAGUGUUUUGUACUUACUUACCUGCAUAAAGUUGUGUUUUAAUGUUUGUGUGCUCUUGAGGUUACCAAGCAUAACUGCAAUGUCUUUACAAUAUGGAAGGCACAAAACUUUCCAAAAUGUACACAUUUAUACCUAAAUAAUUUUCAUUCGUUUAUAUAGUUGUAAGGUCAGAUUGAUUUUACAGAAGGUUGUGCAAACUAGAGAGUAACAAGAACGGAAAUAAUUUAGGUAAUGAUGAAAAUGUGAGGCAGUGUUCAUGUGCCACACCAAGGGCAUCACACCGGCCUGGUGAUGGUUCAUGUGCCACACCAAGGGCAUCACACCAGCCUGGUGAUGGUUCAUGUGCCACACCAAGGGCAUCACACCGGCCUGGUGAUGGUUCAUGUCCCACACCAAGGGCAUCACACCAGCCUGGUGAUGGUUCAUGUGCCACACCAAGGGCAUCACACCGGCCUGGUGAUGGUUCAUGUGCCACACCAAGGGCAUCACACCGGCCUGGUGAUGGUUCAUGUCCCACACCAAGGGCAUCACACCGGCCUGGUGAUGGUUCAUGUGCCACACCAAGGGCAUCACACCAGCCUGGUGAUGGUUCAUGUCCCACACCAAGGGCAUCACACCAGCCUGGUGAUGGUUCAUGUGCCACACCAAGGGCAUCACACCGGCCUGGUGAUGGUUCAUGUGCCACACCAAGGGCAUCACACCAGCCUGGUGAUGCUUCAUGUGCCACACCAAGGGCAUCACACCGGCCUGGUGAUGGUUCAUGUGCCACACCAAGGGCAUCACACCAGCCUGGUGAUGGUUCAUGUGCCACACCAAGGGCAUCACACCGGCCUGGUGAUGCUUCAUGUGCCACACCAAGGGCAUCACACCAGCCUGGUGAUGGUUCAUGUGCCACACCAAGGGCAUCACACCGGCCUGGUGAUGCUUCAUGUGCCACACCAAGGGCAUCACACCAGCCUGGUGAUGGUUCAUGUGCCACACCAAGGGCAUCACACCAGCCUGGUGAUGGUUCAUGUGCCACACCAAGGGCAUCACACCGGCCUGGUGAUGGUUCAUGUGCCACACCAAGGGCAUCACACCAGCCUGGUGAUGGUUCAUGUGCCACACCAAGGGCAUCACACCGGCCUGGUGAUGGUUCAUGUGCCACACCAAGGGCAUCACACCGGCCUGGUGAUGGUUCAUGUCCCACACCAAGGGCAUCACACCGGCCUGGUGAUGGUUCAUGUGGCACACCAAGGGCAUCACACCAGCCUGGUGAUGGUUCAUGUGCCACACCAAGGGCAUCACACCAGCCUGGUGAUGCUUCAUGUGCCACACCAAGGGCAUCACACCGGCCUGGUGAUGGUUCAUGUGCCACACCAAGGGCAUCACACCAGCCUGGUGAUGGUUCAUGUGCCACACCAAGGGCAUCUCACCGGCCUGGUGAUGGUUCAUCACUUGUGGUCUCAGUGCUGUCUCAACCCCUCUGAUAUCUUGUUGAAAAGGGUAGUGUUUGUACGAUUCAUCAUUAUGACGUUUCAUUCUUUCUGUAUUAAAUGAAGAUGUAUGGGAAUAUAACUAUAGUAAGAGCAAAACAACCUACAGUAAUAUUUGUUGGUUCAUUUUAUCAAGGCACUCGUCAAAUUUUAUGCAUAGUAAGAACUACCAUAACACAAUUACAUUCCUAAAAAAAAUUAUAGAAACGUCAAAUUUCAAAUCUCAUUGUUAAUGAUCUUAUGGGAAAAUUUGUGUUUGGUUCCAGAGACCCUAGUUUAAGGGUAUUUACACAUAUUUUUGUACAUCAAUAUUAUACAGUAAUAUCACCUAAGAAAUAUUGUAACUAUGAAAAUCAUUGUAAUAUACUCUUUAUUAUAAUCAUAUAAACAGAAAAUAAAAGAAUGUUUUAUA